AUGAGUCAAACAGAGCCAAGUGCACUUUUACUUCAAAGACAAUUAAAGGAUCUUCAAAAGAAUCCGGUUGAAGGUUUUUCUGCAGGACUUGUGGAUGAUAAUAUUUAUGAGUGGGAAAUCCUUAUAAUAGGUUCACAAGAUACAUUAUAUGAAGGUGGAUUCUUUAAAGCUCGUCUUUCAUUCCCUAAAACCUAUCCUAUUGAGCCACCUAAAAUGGUAUUUACAACUGAAAUGUAUCAUCCAAAUGUCUAUCCAGAUGGCACAGUAUGCAUAUCUAUUCUGCAUCCUCCUGGUGACGAUAAAUAUGGUUAUGAACAAGCAAGUGAACGUUGGUCUCCUGUUCAUACAGUAGAAACCAUUUUAUUAUCAGUUAUAUCUAUGUUAUCAAGUCCCAAUGAUGAAUCGCCAGCAAAUAUAGAGGCAGCUAAAGAAUACCGUGAAAACUACCCUCAAUUUAAGAAAAAAGUUUCAAAGUUAGUUAGACAAUCCGCUGAAAUAUUGUAA